CAAAUGCAUCAAACGUUUCACGACACCUCAAAAGGUCAAUACUGUACCCUCCUAAAGAUAAGCUGAAUCCUCACACAAUGGAAGAAUACCUUCUGAAGCUGAGACCUAGACUACACACAAGGCCUCAAGAUCUUGGAUGCCCUACAGGAGUCCUCAGAUUUGUUCUGAAAAUGUCCGGGGGAAGCCUCCUCACUAGUAUUGAAUGGUCAGCAACCCAAAGUGACCAACAAAGAUCUUGUGGAGGAAGAACAAAAAGUUAUGCAGAAGAAAUAUGCAUCUAAUCCUUCGGAGUCGACUGAUAAGGAACUUGAGAUCCUCAAAGAAUGAGAAUAUUCAUUACGUUAUGACCCUGUUGGGAACACAACAAGGACAAGAAGGAUCGUCAUUUGAGAGUUUGAAAGCUGCAAAAAGGAGUUCAUUAAAGCAUGGAAUUUCUUAGACCAUUAUCGCAUGCAUCAAGGAGUUCGCCCCUUUGUCUGAUCAGUCUGUUCCAAGAACUUCACCCAAAAAGGCAACCUCAAAAAGCACAUGAGGCAGCAUAUUAAUAAGAAUGUUAAGGACAGAAAGAUCCAUAAGUGCCACCUGUGACCAAAGUCCUAUACCGAGAGAUACAACUUGAGAUCUCACUAUGAAGUCAAACAUCCAGGUUCCUGAAUGAUAAGCGAAAGUUCAAAAAUGCCUACAAAACCCUAAACCGGUUUAUUUUGUAGGCCAGGAAUAUAGGAUUUAAAUUUCGAUAUACUAAUUCCUUUUAUAAAAUUACAAAACAAUCUAUUGCUUCUAAGCAUUUGGGCCUUAGUGAAGACAAGAUUUGUUAAGCUGAUUUUUGGGUUCAUGGUCUUGGUUAUCAUCGUGGAUUUGAAGAAGAUUUUUUGGGGAUCAGGAAGGACAAGGAAAAUGAGGUUUUGGAGUUUUUCUUUUGGGGUUAUCAUCAAUAGUCUUAGUUUUAACUCUCAAAUACUAUUCGUUAUUUUCAGCUGAAGUCCAUCAAAGUUGUUCAGCAUCCUAUGCAUCUUAUCCUAACCACUGGGAAAUUAUAAUAUUCCUAGAUUAUAAAAGGGUUGGGAUUCAGUUAGCAUAAAAACACUACAAAACUUGUUCGAGAGAUGUCUUUGCUCUCUCAGAGUAUUUUGCAGUUUAUUCAAAUCAAAACUGAAAUUAGCUGACGUUUGCUUUUUAUCUUAUACAUCUUUUAAAGCAAGUCUGAUUUAGUGCAUCAAGCUCGGAAAGUUAUAAUGUUAUUCAUGAGCAAUUGCUUCUCUUGCUGAUUUUACAGUUUACAGGAAAAAUAUUUGCAAACCUGAUAAGAUAUUUUCAUUUUAAUAGGUACUUCUCAAAAUUUCAUAUAAGGCUUAAAUAAUCUUAUGGACCUCUUAGAACACUUUUUAGUACAGCCUUACUUUAGACAUUUAUGAGAACUGAUGGGAAAAGAAACUAAGAUGGCCAAGAGGACACCCAACAUUGCUUUAGUAACCAAAUUUUCUAUUUUUAGCAUCCAGAAAUAUCUAUUUUUAAUACCUAACUGAUCAUAACUUUGUAUGCAAUGAGGAGGUAUAUCCUGUCUUUUUACUAAUUUUGAACUUCAGCCAAAAUUUUGAAAUAUAAAUUUUACAGCAAAAAUGGAGGUCAUAAUUCAGGAUAAAAUUAAGAAUAUCCGUUAUGAUUGUCAUUAUAAUCACUUCGCCAUGAAGCAUAAAGUUAGCCAGUUACAACUUCUGAAUUAUAACUCCAACUAGUUAUACCAGAACUGAAACUGGCGCAUCUGAGACUACCUAACCGCAACAAUUAAGGCUAAAUCACCUCAAAAUCAAUAUGAACACCUCAAAACAACUUUUGUAAAAUCUAAAACUCAUUUUCUCGAAUCUUGGGCAUGAGGGCACUGUUUUUACCGCUCUUUCAUAAUAUGAAGCAAUUUGAUUACCUAUAGCUACCAUACCACCUUAAACCUUUGUGAUAAUAAAACUUAGCCAAAAGAUCCCAAAAAGACCAUCACCCGUCAAAAUUUCAUAAAAACAGGAUAAACCAAUUUAUUUACCACUUCUCUAAUUUUUCCAAUAUUACUACUAUUCCCAAAACUUGAAAAGUAUUCUCCCCUAUACCGAAGCCACCAAUAUUUCGUUCCAGAAAAAUCCUGCCAGCUUCACUCAUAUUUUAUAACAGAAAACUGUGCUGAAAUGCGAACCUGAAUUCUAGAAAUGUUAUCAAAAUGGCAGGAUUCCCAAAAACAGGGUAUCACUAUCAUUUAUAAUACCAAUAAAUAUUAUUUUGUGUGGCCGAAGUCUUUUCAAGG